UACUUAAUUAUCGUUCAAUAAUUAACAAUAAACCGUAAUCAGUGAUAGGAGUCCAAGUGAAAUGUGAUUUUACUACAUAAACUUUAUUGUCAAAUUUGUGCAAAUCACGUACUUCGUUUUAAAAUGUGAUUCAUUAUGGCAUCUCCACAUUCUACAUCCUAGGGCAGUGUUUCCCAUUUCCCCAGUGUUGCCCCAGAAAUAUGAAAUCCCUUCAAAAUGUCCCCAAAGAGCCCCCAUUUAUUAAACCUCAGCAAUUGGUUGAUCCUAGCAGUGGGCGGGGCGAUCCCAGUGUUUCAUGUUAGGUGUUCAACAACCAAUCAGAUGCUAGCAUUCCGGUAGAAAAUGGGGGGAGCAGUGUGUAGUUACGGGCUGGCCUAUCUACUAUUAAACAAUAGGUUGGAUUAUUUCUGGGUGUUGUUGAUUUUCGCCACGUUUAGCGAGUUAUGUGUGGCGUUGAGUGCUACUAGGACAAUACACACGAAAUAUGGUGACGUCAGCGGGGUCAUUGUGACCCCCGACAAUCGCCAUUUAGAUGCGGUGGAGGUUUUUAAGGGUAUACCCUACGCGUCCCCCCCUGUAGGUUCCCUAAGGUUUAUGCCCCCCGUUACGGGGGCCCUGUGGUCGGGAGUGAAGGUUGCCGAUAGGUUUAGCCCCGUGUGUCCCCAGAGGUUGCCCGAUAUCUCUAAUGAGACCUUAGCCCUGAAAAAGAUGCCCCGUGGACGUCUGGAGUACCUGAAGCGGUUGCUGCCCUACCUGCAGAAUCAGAGUGAGGACUGUCUCUACCUCAACAUCUACGCUCCAGCACAAGGUUUCCCUGUAGCCUCCAGUGUGUUCUUUAACUAA